AUGGCUCUGCUCAGGAUCGUGACUCUGCUGUCCUUAUCGGGCCUCUGCCAUUCGCAGCCGCUCUGCUCGUACGGAAGGCUCUGGAACUUCCUGAACCUCACCACCUCCAACAGUUAUCUUCUAAACUUCCGUCCGGUUAAGAACUGGACAGAUCAGACUGAAGUAAAGGUUGAGAUGAUCAUCUACGGCAUUUUGAAAGUGUCCUGGAAGAAUGACUUUAUAGAAUGGAACCCUAAAGAUUUCUGCAACAUCGGCGUCUUCAGUGUUCCCAGCUCCAAAGUCUGGAUCCCCGACCUUGACAUUCAAGAAGAUGCGUCAGACUCCAGCAGCAUUCAACAAAGCCCCUUUGUGAACUUGUACCAAGACGGAUGGGCUUCCACCACCGCCCGACAGCUCCUGACCUUCACCUGCCAACUGGACCUCAACAUGUACCCCUUCGACAGGCAGCAAUGUAACGUCACCUUUUCACCUAUGACAUCAAGCGUUGCCGCCAUACUUCUUACAUCAGACGGCAAUGGCACGCAGAUAACCAACACCUCCAAAUCAGUCAUCAUCACUGAGGGAGAAUGGGAACUUAAAAACAUCAGGAUCCACACUGAUUUCAGGAGAAACUUUGACAACGAAACGUACAGUGAGCUCAUCUAUACGGUGAAUCUGACCCGCAGACCCAUGCUGUACGUCAUCAACUUCAUCGUCCCCCUCCUCUACUUCCUGAUCCUGGAUUUGGCCUCAUUCUUCAUUAACGAGGCCCGUGGGGAAAAGCUGAGUUUCAAAGUGACCAUCCUCCUGUCCAUCUCCGUGCUGCUGCUCAUUCUCAAGGACAUGCUGCCCUCUACUGAGAGGCACAUGCCGUGGAUCGCCAAAUACUGCGUUGGGAUCUUCGCUCUGGUGGGGGUCAGCGUGUUGGAAGCCAUGGCCAUCAGUUUCCUGCUCAGUUUUCCAGAAAAAGUCAAGAAGGAUUCUGCUCAUCGUAGGAUCUGUGAGGACGAGACACAGCUGGAGAGAACCGACUCCAAAGGUACCAUUUAA